GCCUGGUGCUUCGCGUUUUGCCGGCCUCGGCGCCCGACUUCGGGAAACCGCUUCGUCCCGUUAUGUCCCGUCCCGUCCUUUCUUGUCCGGUCCGGUCGGGUCUGGUCCGUGACUUCGGGAAGAUACGUCUUCAGACCCCGCAGGCAUCCCGCGUCCCUUUCUCCCGGCAGCUCGCGCUGCCAGACUCUUCUCCCCCAAAUCACCGUUUAAAUGCUCGGAGAGAAAAGCUUUUCCUUCCACGUUGUUCCUGUUAUAAGGGGACCCCACAUGUCCGCACUCAGGGACGCUUGCAGCAUCUGCUUUUUCUUUUUCCCGGCUUCAAGGUCAACUCUUCUAUGCAGUUCUUCAAGGAGGACUAGUUCUAACACUGAAGGAAAGUCUGAGCCUACCAAGCAAUUGCUUAAGAAAGCAAAAUUACCAGUAGGUCGUCUUGAUGAGCCAGAAGAGUCUAAUGUAGAAAGGGAACCACUGGAAAAAUUUCCUGAUGGCAUCAAUCCUACUACAAAAGAGAGGGGUGGACCCAAGGGCCCUGAACCUACUCGUUAUGGAGAUUGGGAGAGAAAAGGACGAUGUAUAGAUUUUUAAUGUGCAGUGCAUCUGUAUUGCUAAUAUAGUAUGUUUAUUUGUUUCAAGGUAUAAUAGGUAGAAAAAAAUCACCUAGAUGUUCCUGAUGUUCUUCUAAUUUGUUCUUAAAUGGCGCUGUUUGUUUCAGGCAUAUAUUUGAUGACUACCAUGAAGGAUAUUUUCAGCAAAUAAAUGUUCAAUUGUAAAGUCAA